CGGACACCGGCUGUUGGCCCAAGGCGGCGCCGACCUGGUUUGGGGAAAGCGGCGGGGCUCAGGCCCGCCCGUGAAGCAUUGUCUCAUAAUGGUAGAAGAUGAACUGGCACUAGUCGAUAAAAGGAUAAAUGAAUUUUGGAAUAAAUUCACAAGCACUGACACCUCCUGUCAGAUGAUGGGGCUAAGAGGUACCAACAAGGAAUCCAUUAAAGUAUUUGCAGAAAAGAUGUCCGUGAAAUUAAAGGAGGAAGAGCGAAUGGUUGAGAUGUUUCUGGAAUACAAAAAUCAGAUCUCCAGGCACAAUAAGCUCAUUCAAGAAAAAAAAGAUAAUUUGUCAAGGCUGAUUGAUGAAGUGAAAGGCAAAAAGCAGGAAUUGGAAGUACUGGCUGUAAAUAUCCAGAAUCUUAAGGAAGAAUAUUCUAGGAAGAAGGAAAUUAUUUCCAGUGCUAACAAAGCUAAUGAAGAGCGGUUGAAAAGGCUACAGAAAUCUGCAGACUUAUAUAAAGAUCGACUUGGACUAGAAAUUCGAAAAAUUUAUGGUGAUAAAUUGCAGUUUAUAUUCACUAAUAUUGAUCCUAAGCAUUUUGAAAGCCCAUAUAUGUUUUCCCUGCAUUUAAAUGAAGCAAGGGACUAUGAAGUGUCAGAUAGUACUCCUCAUCUUGAGUGCCUAGCAGAAUUUCAAGAGAACGUAAGGAAGACCAACAAUUUUUCAGCUUUUCUUGCCAAUGUUCGGAAAGCUUUUACUGCUAUGGUUUAUAAUUAA